AUGGAUUGGUUAUGUGAGUUGAUGUCUCUUGUUACUGUUAUGUUACCAUUUGUCUAUAUGUUACUGAAGGACUUCUUAAUAUGGGUUGAGCAUGAUCUUGGGCCUUGGGGUCCACUUGUGCUGGCUAUUGCAUACAUUCCUUUAACCAUUCUGGCUGUUCCAGCUUCAGUACUUACCUCUGCAAGACGAAUUUACAGAAAUUGGCCAUUGCUGCCUGACCAACCUAUUUAG